UCCUCUCGUGGAAGAAUCAUAUGCUAGAAUGCCCUAGUUUAUCACAGUUGAGCAUUGCCCAUUGCCCCAAGAUGAGAAGUCUAACUUGGCAAUCUUCAAUGGAGAUUGAUAAUGGCACCCCUUCACUUUUCACUCCACAGGUACAAUUUCCUAAACUUAGGUCGAUGGAUCUAUCCCACAUGGACAAUUUAAGCAAAAUAUGGACUGACACUCCUCAGAAAACUCUUACUUUUGAUUGUUUAUGGAAAGUGGAGGUUCGGAAUUGUAAGGGCCUUGAAAAUUUGUUUCCGUAUUGGGUGGCUACAAGUUUAACCCACCUUGAAAAACUUCAAGUGGAGUCUUGUGAGAUCGAGGAAAUAGUUGUUAAUGGGGGUGACACUCCACACUCCAAUACUACUUAAGAUCUUUUCCCAGAACUAACCUCUUUGGUGUUACGUGACAUGCCACGACUCAAGAGUUUCUAUCCUAACUUGCCCACUUUGCAUUGGUCAUUAUUGGAGGAAUUACAAGUGAUUCACUGUAACAAACUGAACAUGUUAUCCUUUACGGCAUCCAUGAACAGUUGGGCUCAAAAAUAUGAUCAACAAGACCUUUCAAAUCAAGAAGCACACUCUUCAUUCGAGAGGGACUUUUCCAACUUGGAGAGACUUUUAUUAGUCAAUAACAAUAUUCAGACGAUACAAGAUGGAAAUUUUCCCGAUGACAUAUUUACCAAACCAAUAGCACUAACACUGGCAUGCUUUCAUGAUGAAAAGACCACCUUUCCUUCCAUAUUCCUCCUAGAGAGAUUUCGAAAUCUACAAAGCCUUGAGGUAUUCUGUAGCUCCUUUGAAGAUAUAUUCCCAGACGAAGGGCUUGUUGAAGAGGGGAAACAUCCGGAGCUUGAAAAUUUAAGAGAAAUUAAGUUAAACAAGUUACGCAACCUAAAGCGUGUGUGGAGAGAAGACUCUUUAGUGUCGAAAAUUCUUCAAAACAUCGAAACAUUUAAGAUUUGGGAUUGUCCCUGUUUGACGACAAUAUUUCCAAAGGUGGCAUCCUUCCAGAAUCUGACGAAGUUAGUGGUGAAGAAUUCCUCUGGAUUGGUACAUCUAGUAACAGUUUCAACGGUCACAAAUUUGAUGCAUCUCAAAUGGAUGACUAUAAUAGGAUGUGAAAAAAUGAAAGAAGUAGUGGCCAAUGAUGGAAACGGAGAAGGAAAAGUGAUUUCUUUUGGAAAUCUACGCUAUUUGGCACUCCAAGAUCUGCCAAGCCUAGAAUGCUUCUCUUCCAUCUCGAGUUGCACCUUCAAGUUCCCAUGCUUAUGGAGUAUUGAAGUGGAAGAGUGUUCGAAAAUGAAGACCUUUUCUAAAGGUACGCUAAGCACACCGGAGCUAGGUUGGUGGAAUAGUCCGAUGAGCCUGUUUAGAUACAAGUGGGAACCAUGGAACUGGGAGAAGGGUGAUGAUCUCAAUACAAUCAUACAAAAGUCAUCAGCGUAAACAGAUACACAUAAAAUUGGUAAAGAUUCAAUCGAUGUCAUUCUCUCAUCCAUUCGUUUUUCUUUUUCCUUAUUUUUUUGGUAGCACGGUAAGUUUUUAAAUUUUUCUUUUUGUAUCUUUUCUAUUAUUGAUACCGUCGGAUCAAAGCAUCAUCAACCCUUAUCCAUCGAUCGAUCUCGCCUCCUCCUUCCCUGAACAGCAGGAAGCGAAACAGGGCUCUCCUUCUCCUUCUUGACGCCAGAGGCUCUCUCUGCUGCAUUCACGGAGGAGGGAGCGAAAAGGAAGCGUCGGGAAUUGCCAGGACUUGAGAGAAGAUGGCACUGCCGAGUCUGGACAGUCAGUCCUCCACUCACUUCAUCAAAGAAGAAGAUCAUUCUCUCUCCGCAUCUGUAUCCGACGAAUCAGACCUUUGCUCAACCAUCGUCGUCUUCUUCAGCUAGGGCUCUGCUUUUUAAAUUCGUUCCUUGUAAAUUUCUCAGUCCACUACUUCAGAUCAUGGACCAAUGGUGGUCCUCCACUGACAUCAUCAUAGAAGAAGAUCUCUCUCUCUCUAUCUCGCACUUGAACCCGGCAAACUCGAAUAUUAAAAAGGUUCAAGAGGAUGCUUUUGAGAGAAUGGUGCAAUUGUUUGGCCUGUAGAACUGGAAAAAUGUGAUGAGAUGGUUUGGUUAGCAAAGGGUUUGAAUGAAUAUGCAGAGCAUUACUCUGUCUGUGAGGUUCAAUUUUUGGUCUUCUAAUAUGAAGGGGACUCCAUUUCCCAUGUCACCAUAAUUGAUGAAAGGAUGUCCGAGAUAGAAUAUCCGCCAAUCAAUGUUGAUGUGAGGAACCAAGCCUCAGCAAUUAUGGAAUUGUCUUGCUAAAAGUGGAAGAUGCCUUUGAUUGCCAUGAUGUUUCAGUCAGGCUUGAAGUCUGGGGGAUGAAUUGCAUUCAGCCAAGUGUCCUUGGUUUUGUAUGGAAAUCGAAUCUGAUCAGGUUUGCGAAGUUCAUGGCAGUUCCUAUGCACAUUCAUCAGCAAAGUUUGGGAGGGACAGAAGUUCGAACUGCUCAUUGCAAGAUUUUCCAGGUAAGCUGAGAGAGUCAGGGUUGUGAAGA